AUGGAUAAGAAUAAGAAAAAGAAUAGUAUAAAUGGAAAAUACAAGAAAAAUGUGUACACCUUGGUAGGUGCUUUUAUAUUCCUCGCAAUUGAAGGCAGUGCCGCCAAAGUACACCAGAAAACACUCGCAACGACUUCUUUUCAUGCGAAUGAAAAUAGAAAAUCUAACGCACUGUCAAAAGUCAACAGCAGUAUCGCGCAAGCCAGCGCUGAACUAAGAUCACAAACAGUAGAAAGUAUUUGGGAAAUAACAGUUUCUUUGAAUAUACUUUACAAGGAGAACUGGACAAGACUUGCUGCACAAGAAAUUGCUAAAUUUCAAGAGAAACUGGUUGCAAGAGUCGCUGCUGAUGUGUCAGAGCAAUAUGGAGGUGUCAGAGCUUUGGAGUCAGCACCGGCUCUGGCUGCUGAUGAUUAUGAAUGGAAUUUCGCAAAAGCAUUUCUUUACUCCCUGACAGUUCUCACAACUAUAGGUUACGGCAGCGUAGCACCCAAGACAUCUCUAGGUAAAGCGGUAACAAUAGGAUAUGCCGUUAUAGGUAUACCCCUUACUUUAUUGUAUUUGUCCGUAGUAGGAGCACUACUAUCGAGACUUGCGCGCAGUAUCUUUAGUCGAGCAUUAUGCUGCUGUUUAUGUUCCAAGUGUGGAUAUUGUUGUCUCGAUGAAAGAACAAUGGCAGUGAAAGAAAGGAAAGAAAAAGUAAGACGUCACGAUGACUAUAGAUCCCAAACACUACAUUUACAAGAACCUUAUUAUGUACGAUCUCCAUCUGGUACUAUUAUAUCGGCAUCUCAAGCCAAUAGCCUCAGCAACAACUCUAUAAAAGAUAAAACACAAGGACUUAACUUUCUACGUGACUGUGACUCGAUGAGCUGUGCAGAUACAGAUUCGAAAGUUUCCUUACGUGGUUUUUCGAUACUCGCUCCGAUAUCUUUGUGUUUGGCCGCAAUCUUUACUUAUAUUUUCUUUGGAGCGCUCGUUUUAUAUCAAUUGGAAGGUUGGAGUCCAAUUGACGGUGUAUAUUUUUGCUUUAUGAGUCUAAGUACCAUUGGAUUUGGACACUUAGCGCCUGGUUUGACUCAAAAAAAUGGAGCAUCAACUGGCACUAUUUGGUUUUGCUCUAUUUACAUUAUGACUGGGUUGGCUCUAACCGCAAUGUGUUUCAACGUCCUCCACGAUGAAAUAGUUCAUCGUUUAAGGCACCAUGAGAAAGUGCUGAAAAAUACUCAAAAGAUUCUGACACCUGAGUUUUUGCAAAGAUCU